UUAAUAUUAAUGCUACGCAAAGAGCGGCAAAAUCUCCAGUUUCACGUCAUAUCCUUUUAGAAGAAGAUUUUCCGAUUCCACGGCAGGAGACCAAGAAAAUAUAGAAAAUCUUGGAUUUACACAAGCUAUUGGAGAGACAUCUGGUACCGGCUGCAUUGAAUACACUUGAUAAUCGAAGCAAUACCAAAACGGUAGAACUAGCAGCAAUUUAUGAAGCAACACCUUUGAGUUUAGUACGUCUGUUUGUGUAAUUUAAUUAUUGUACUUGUGAAUAGUUUAAAGACAAAGUUCUAAACAAGGCGACUCCUUACACUAUAUCUUAUAACUAACAACACGUACUGGCGGUUCACUUAGCUAUUGCUUUGCAGCACAAAUGUUUGCAAUAUAAAGAAGUACCAACCCAAUAACUGGAUUUAUUAUUAAACUCUUUUCAAUCGGGCAACUCGAAGGCAGAAUACUUCGUCGACCUAGUGGAGACAACCAAAGUCUCAUGCAACAUUCUAAACAUUUGUUUGAGAAGGGUAUUUUACGAAAUUGGAAGAUGUUGACUCAAUCUCAGUAUUCAAAUUUUAAAUUUGUGGGAAAUUUGAAUCAAAUCAAAACAUUUACGGCCGGCAUUAAGGCUUUAAGCUUUGGCGAAAAUGGUUCUUUUAUGAUUACUGAAGACGGCUUUAAAUGUGUGGUUGAGCAGGGUAAGUGCAUACAAGCUUCUCUGUUCAUAAUGCCACGAUGUUUUUCAGAAUUCUACAUUGACGGCAUCGUAAAGUUUAGUAUUAAUAUGAAUAUUUUAGCCGAGUGCCUGAGUAUUUUUGCGGGCAUUGAUUGUAGCAUGAAAAUGUAUUACAAGGGUCCGGAAGCUCCAUUGGUUCUGGUUUUAGAGCCAAAUGACGAGCAGAACAUAAGUACAGAAUGUUCGAUUAAAACUACUCACUACGAAGCACCAAUGCAAUACAAUUUAAAUGAUGAGAGUUCAAGUCUAAAUAGACUAUUCGUUAGGGGACCUGAUUUGGCAAGUAUAUUUCAAGAAUUUGAUAAAUCUGCCGAAGAAUUGGAAAUUACAAUAUCACCGCGACAACCACACUUUAAAAUUGAUACAUUAGGUGUUAUGCAGUCGGAAUCAAGUGUAGAAGUAGCCAAGACAAGUGAUAUGAUACUGUUGUUCAAUUGUCGGGAGACCACAAAAGCACGUUAUAGAACAACACUUAUACGUAUGACCCAAAAGGCAUUGGGUGUAGCUACGAAGGUGGCAAUAAAAACGGAUUUAAGUGGCCUUUUAGAGAUGCAUUUUAUGAUGCUGGAUCCAACAGAGGCUGAAGUAUAUAUAAUAUUUUUUAUAACACCUUUGGCAGAUGUUGAUCUUUGAAGGAAUUAAGUUUUUUUUUAUAAAAAUGUUAGUUAAUUCCUUGUAUGUUAGUGUAAUUUAAUGUAUUUAAUAAAGGUUAGGCCCGAAAUUGUUAUCCUGUUA